AAGGGGGCCGAGCCGCCGCCGCUGUCGCCGCAGUCGCAGUGGGUGUUUGUGUUUGGGGCCGGGCAGCUCGGACCACAGCCGGAUUAUGUCCGUGUGAGGAUCUCCCGGCACCCCUCGGCCGUCCGGAGCCUUUGCCAGCCCUCCCUCCAUUCCUGGCGCCAUGGGGUCCAUCCUAAGCCGCCGGAUCGCCGGGGUGGAGGACAUCGACAUCCAGGCGAACUCGGCCUAUCGGUACCCUCCCAAGUCCGGAAACUACUUUGCCACACACUUUUUCAUGGGAGGUGAGAAAUUCGACACCCCUCACCCUGAGGGUUACCUCUUUGGAGAGAACAUGGAUCUGAACUUCCUGGGCAACAGACCAGUGCAGUUUCCCUAUGUCACUCCUGCUCCUCAUGAACCUGUGAAGACCCUAAGAAGCUUGGUGAAUAUUCGAAAAGACUCCUUACGGCUUGUGAGGUACAAAGAUGAUGCUGACAGCCCAACAGAAGAGAAUGAGAAGCCAAGAGUCAUGUAUAGCCUGGAGUUCACUUUUGAUGCUGAUGCUCGAGUGGCUAUCACAAUAUACUGCCAAGCAAUGGAAGAGUUCAUGAAUGGGAUGGCAGUAUACAGCACAAAGAAUCCUUCUUUGCAGUCCGAGACAGUCCAUUAUAAGAGAGGGGUGAGCCAGCAAUUCUCCCUUCCUUCCUUCAAGAUUGAUUUCUCAGAAUGGAAAGAUGAUGAGUUGAACUUUGAUCUGGACAGGGGUAUAUUCCCAGUAGUGAUCCAGGCUGUUGUAGAUGAAGGAGAUGUUGUGGAAGUGACUGGUCAUGCCCAUGUGCUAUUAGCUGCUUUUGAGAAGCAUGUUGAUGGCAGCUUCUCUGUGAAACCUUUAAAACAGAAGCAGAUUGUGGAUCGAGUCAGCUACCUCCUCCAGGAAAUCUAUGGUAUCGAAAACAAAAACAACCAGGAAACCAAGCCCUCUGAUGAUGAGAACAGUGACAACAGCAACGAAUGUGUUGUGUGCCUAUCUGACCUGCGAGACACUCUGAUCCUUCCCUGCCGACACCUUUGCCUUUGUAACUCAUGUGCUGAUACCCUUCGCUAUCAGGCAAAUAACUGCCCUAUCUGCCGGCUACCUUUCCGGGCCCUCCUACAGAUCCGGGCAGUGAGGAAGAAGCCAGGCGCCCUGUCCCCUGUCUCAUUCAGUCCUGUUUUAGCACAGAGCAUGGACCACGAUGAACACUCUUGUCCCUUUAAAAAAUCAAAGUCGAACCCUGUCUCAUUGGCCAGCAAGAAACCUAAAAGGGAAACAAACUCUGACAACAUCCCACCUGGAUAUGAACCCAUCUCCUUGCUGGAAGCUUUGAACGGCCUUCGCUCCAUCUCUCCAGCUAUUCCUUCAGCUCCCCUUUAUGAAGAAAUCACUUAUUCAGGGGUUUCUGAUGGGCUCUCUCAGGCUGGUUGUCCUCUUGCUGGGCUUGAUAGAGCCUUGGAGAGCAGCCUUCAAAAGAGCAAGCCAAACAAGUCUCCAGACAGCACAUUACGUUCCCCAUCAUCUCCUAUCCAUGAAGAAGAUGAAGAGAAGUUGUCUGAAGAUUCCGACUCCCCUCCCCCACUAAGUGGUGCUGAGCUAGUCCUUCGGGAGAGCAGCUCACCAGAGAGCUUCAUAACUGAGGAAAUUGAAGAGGUGCCAUCUCUAAAGCAAGAGAGCCAAGCUCCAUCCAUAGAGGACGUCUUACAGGACAGCAGCACCGAGCACAGAAGCCUUAAUCAACCUGGGAUUGACCCUCCAGCUGACAUAUACCUACCAGGAAGUUCAGCCUCAAUGGAGACUCCCCAAAGCCACAGUAUGAAUGGUUCUACUCGGCCUCCAGUCUGUGACCCCAGCCCUGAAUAUCGGGAGGCUGAACUGACUCCUCUCUAAGAUCUCAGCCAGGGAGUGGUUUGGAGCCUUCAGCUCAUUAGGCCCUUGUGAAAGGGUCUUUCGAUCUGGACACCAAAAUACACGCACAGACUCUUCUCUCUCUCCAUCCUCUGUGGGAAUACUAGGCUCUGGAAUGCCAUACAGACUUUGACCAAAAGAGCACAGCUAACCUUACACUCUGAUUACUUCCCUUUUUGUAUGUUAAAUUUAUUUGUAAAUGGUACAAGAUGAAGGACAGCAGCUUUUAUCAUGGAGCCAUUGAGGGCUUUUUUCCCUGCAAUACCCCAUUGGUUGGGGUAGGCAGGACUCAGGAGGUAGUUCCUUCUCGUAGAGCAGAAGUAACUGCUUAUAAGGCCAGCCUGGAGUUGGCAUUGUUUGCAUUUUUAAAGCCUGGCAUAUUUCUGAAACUUGAGGUUCAGGACUGGUAAGCUCCCUAUGGUGGCAGUGGCAUUUAUGUCCACAGGAGAGAUUUUAGGGAUUGGUGAGACAUUUUCCUCAAAGGUGGUUUUGAGGGAGGAUUUUGUCUUUUGUAGAGGGGGGGAACCUUGCAAAAGAAGGAAGGGAAUCCAAUCAAAGUCUGUGAAGGAAAAUAUAGUGUAUAUUUUGUAACACACAGUGGCUGACAGUAGCCUUUUGCUGUUGCUGUUACCGUUUGCAUCGUCAACAUGCUUGUUGGUCACAAGCAUGACCCUGCUGCAGCAGCACCUCUCCGUGUAGUGUCUCCUCGUUCAUGCCUCUUUAUGAUGUGACUGCUCUCUUUGCUUUUUAUCUCAGCUGUUGGCCAUUUGGAUUUAAGGCAAUUGGUCCUGUUCUCCAGGGGGACUCUGGGAUCAUUUUUUUCCUCACCGAGACUUUUCAGGGUGAGAGUCCAUCUAAUUGGAGGACACUGAUUUCCAGAAGCAAAACAGAUUCUGCCAGGUCUACUCAGUGACCUCCAAGCCCCACGGAUGCGUGAGUCAAAAUAGCAUCCUCUUCUCUGGGAAGGUAGUUCAGACAUGAAUCUGAGCUGAGAACUACCAGGAAGGUCUGGAGAUAUUACCUUCAUUUGGUCUGGCCUCCCUUGCAAGUGCCCUGGCAAAGGAUCUGCAGUCUGAGAAGGGAUUUUGGUUAGGAUUCAGAAACACAGAAAAGAAAGAUUUUGGUUUUGAACAAAGUCAGCACUUUGCCUGCCAUAUGCACCUUCUCCUGUUUAGGUGCCUUUCUCUGAGUGCUGAGCUUCAUAGAAGUUGCCAGAGUGUGUAAGUCAUACAGUGAAUUUAGGGACUCCUUUGAAAUCAGCAGCUGCCAAACUGGCAUGGCCAGUCCUGAAACAGGCUGUCUUUCCCAUGGAGAGAACACCUGAGAUGCUUCCUGCCCUGAUCAUCUAAUAUUUCCCUCCUGGUUUGUAGGUGUUUAUUGGGGGGAUCUGAGAGACAGAAGACUCUCCCUCCUCCAUAGUGAACACAGUCUGCCUAGGAUUUCAGUAUCCUCAUGAUCUGGCCCUUCCAGAUGGUAUUCAAGGUGCAUUGCUUCCAAGAUAACCUUUUCUGCAUUAUCAUUUAAAAGGAAAUAUCUUGGCAGAAAGGGAAAAUUCUACAGACACUGGUACUCACUGUGAAGUUGAUAUACCAGCUACUACUUUCUGCAGAAGAAUAGUAGGGCCUUGGUUGUAUCUGCCACAGUUGGUCUGGCCACAGUGUGUAUCUACUAAAACAGCCCAGUAGUCUCCAUUCUUAGUUCUCAAUUUAUUGCUCAGCAGCAGCCAAACAAGAAUGUGGUGAAUGCCUCUAGCAGAAGCAGUGGCCUCAGCAGGUAGAAUUCUUACCCAUUGGUAGAUCUGAUUCUGUUUAAGUAAAAUGGGAGAGUUAACCUAAAUGGAUUGGAAUAGGUAAAUUCUGUUCUAUAAUACAACAGUUUUUGCUCACCAGUGCCCUGCCCUGGACCCUCAGGAUUUGGAGUCUUUAGGUGAAUGGCUUUCAGACCUUGAUUCGAUUUAACAGAGGCAGCUGAGGAAGAGACCAGGCCCCAUGAAUGGGAUCCUCUCUUUGACUUUACAUCACAGAAUGUCUGGCAUUUCUUGCCAGAAGUUGGGCCCCCUCUGACGGGUUCUCUGGAGGAUUCCUUUGGAACUUAAUAGGGAACCUGAGGCACAAGCCAUAAGCCACAAGUUGAAGUAACAUUCCAAGGCUGCUUUUCUCAAGUAAGCUUUUUCAGAAGCUCAUUAGAUAUUCAUGCUGAAACUGACACAAAGACCCUGCCUGAAACGUGAAGACACUUCAGCGGGGCGCCUAGGCAUUCCUCACAAACUAAGCCCAUCUAAAGUAGCAGGCCCAAGGAGAUGGGGAAAGGCCCAGUAUUCCUUUUUAAGCUGUAGUCACAAGAAACCCAAGGAAUUGCCCUGUAGUUAAUGCUACUGGGCUAAGACAGACCACAGUUAUGUUCCAUUUAAACGAGUCAUUAAACUGCAGGUACAGAUUUCCAGCUGAGGAGGCAGGCUCAUCAGAGUCAGACUGGGAACCAGAAUAACUGGCUCGUGGAGGUGACCUUCUCACAGCCUGUUUGUGUGUGUGUGUUGUCAGUGAACGGGCAAUAUUUUUUUUUUCUCUAUCCUCAUCAACAAGUAUAGUUUUGUCCAGAGACCUUGUAUUGGGUGCCUUGCAUUUGCACAGUGGGACAAACUGGAGUAAAGUUGUGUACUGAAGAUACUAACUUUUUUUUUUCCCUGUAAUUGCCACUUGUGAAUUUUGUCAUGUGGCUUCUACUCAUGGCUCUUUCCUGCCUCUGGAGACAGGCUACUUUGUGCACAUAGCUUUCCCCCCAGCACCCCAGGGUUUUCCCUAGACCAGUCCUUCCUGUCCUGGCUGCUCAUAGACACAGUCUGGCUUUCUCUUUCCUGCACGCUGCUUCCCUCUUUUCCUAUCAAGCCCUUUUAGACCUUUCCUCUUCAAUUUUGGUGCCAGUACUUUGUUUAAACGAUGGAACACAGAUUUGCUCAUCUGGAAAUGUGCUAUUAUUUGAUGUAGUCUGAUUGGUUAGCUUUUUGUUUGUUUAUAUAUUUAUAGUAAUAAAUUCAUGCAGCAAUA